GUCGACACAAAUAUUCUGGUAUUUGUACAGAGCGCAGUUUGAGGUGUUGAGCUUGAGCGGCGGACAUGGCAGCGGGGUGGCGUUUUCCGCAUCUUCUGCUGUGGAGUUUACUCACAGCCCACACGGGUGACGCGCAGAUCACGACAACAUAUUCACCCUUCGCAACUUCAACUACAUCUGAAUCAAUGACAUCUACUGUUUACCCAUGGAAAAUAACCAACUCAUCAAAUGCGACCCUGCGUCUGGUCGAUGGGCUGUACAACUGCCAGGGCCGAGUGGAGAUACUUCAGAAUGGCACAUGGGAGAGUGUAUGCUUCUAUUACCCAUACAUUAGCUAUGCUUUGUGCCAGGAGUUGGGCUGUGGCCAAUCAUACCCCUACAAUUAUGCCAACGUGGAAGGAUAUAACACUGCAUUGGUCGCUUCAUGCACGGGAUUAGAGAAUUCCCUGUCACAGUGUACACUAUCGCAGGAAAACCGAUACUGCAGUGGUUACAAUGGAGAUCCAAUGAAGAGCUAUGUUUCAUGCUCAGCUGCAGGGCUUCGUCUGGUUGGGGGAAACAACCGCUGUGAGGGCCGGAUGGAAGUCCAAAAGAAUGGAAUGUGGGGCGAGCUAUGCAGCUCCACUUUGAACAGGGCCAUCGGAGACAGCAUUUGCCAUCUCCUUGGCUGUGGCUGGAGUCUUGCCUAUGGAAACCUGUCGGCAUUUGGACAAGGAAAUGGAACCAUUUUCCCUGAUACCUUAAACAUAGCUGGCAACAGGAUAUACGAGAACCUUUUACAUGGAACCAAUGAUUGUAACCAUUUCCAGACAGCUGCCAUCAUUUGUGAAGCUGCAGGGAAUCAAAACUAUCCAAUGAUCACAACUACCUCGACAAGUGAUAUAAUCCGUCUGGCUGACCGUGAAAUGGAAUGUCAAGGCCGUGUGGAGAUAUUUACCAAUGGCCAAUGGGGGACUCCAUGCGGGGUCAGGGAUUACUUGGGAAACAUUGCCUGCCGUGAAUUGGGAUGUGGAUAUCAAAUCUGGUCCACAUCUCAAAACACUCCGCUACCGACGCCCAUCUUGAGUGUUCAGUGCGAUGUUGCUGCAGAGAAUGCUUCAGAAUGCACUGUGGCACCAAUAAAUAAGUAUGACUGCAUACAGCAAGGAUUUCAAUACACUAUUUGCACAGCUAAAGGACUCCGUCUGGUGGGUGGAACAAAUCGCUGCGAGGGCAGGGUGGCAAUUUCGAGAAAUGGUGUUUGGAAUGAAAUCUGUAAUUCAACUGUCAACACUCAAGAUGCAGACGUGAUUUGUCGUCUGCUCGGCUGUGGUUGGAGUGUAGCCCAUGGAGUCAUGUCACAGUUUGGCGUUGGAGCUGGAACAGUGUUGUCUGAUAAUUUAGAUUGUUCGUCAACUACGAAUGAAAUAUUUAGCUGCUUGCAGUCUGGGACAAAUAAUUGCAACCAACUUCAAACCGCCGCAGUAAUAUGCCAGGCUUCAGAAACUGCAAACCCUCAACUGAUAGUUACUGGAUCUGAAAAUGGAACCAUUCGGCUGGUGGAUCGUGAAAUGACUUGCAGAGGCCGAGUGGAAAUAUUUAACAAUGGAUCUUGGGGUUCGCUUUGUGACUUUGCCUGGAGUUCAUAUGGAGCCGAUGUUGUGUGUCGACAAAUGCAAUGUGGACACGCUGUCGAUAACCAGGUCAACUAUGGCCAAGGCCCAAGCCCGAAGUGGACAGCCACGUGUGGUUCAUUGGAAGAGUCUCUCUUCAACUGCACACUGACCAAAGGAAAUGCAAACACUUGUACUACGAGAUCCGAUGCUGGUGUUCAGUGCACAGCUGCGGGGCUUCGUCUGGUGAGUGGCAGGAACCGUUGUGAGGGACAGAUAGAAGUCUUCAGGAACUCUGUGUGGAGUGGAGUGUGCAGUUCGGCGUUGGACACUCACGGCGCAGAUACGAUCUGCCGUCUUCUGGGCUGUGGAUGGAGUUUGUCUCAUGGGAACUUGACCCAGUUUGAGAAUACAUCCGCGACAAUCAUAUCAGACAGCAUAACGUGUGGAACAUUUCCAAAUUCCAUAUUUGAUUGCCUUCAGACGGGAAUACAUAGUUGCAGCAAUGUGGAAACCGCUGGCGUUGUUUGCGAAGCUGCUGAACCUACAAGCCAGAAUUUGGUCAUAACUCAAAGCCAAGAUGGAAGAGUGCAGCUGGUGGAUCAAGAGUUAAUGUGUCAGGGAAGGGUGGAAGUAUACAACAAUGGUUCCGUGACCACAUUUUGCAGAAACAACUGGAAUGUGUUUGAAAGUGAAGUUGUGUGCCAGCAAUUGGAGUGUGGCAGCAAUGUAGAGGUUGCCUCCUACACGAACGACCAAUAUUAUUUUGGCAUUGGUCAGGGAACGUCACGGCAAGCCUCGUGUGGUGGCUCAGAGAAAUCGAUCACCGAUUGCCAGAUGUAUCCAGCAAGUUCCUACAUCUGCACAAACAAGGGGGCAGCUGGUGUUUCAUGUACUGCUGCAGGGCUUCGUCUGGUUGGUGGCAACAACCGCUGUGAGGGCCGGAUGGAAGUCUACAAGAAUGGCAUUUGGGGCGAGCUAUGCAGCUCCACUCUAAACAGAGACAUUGCAGACGGCAUUUGCCGUCUCCUUGGCUGUGGUUGGAGCCUUGUGUAUGGUAACCUGUCGACAUUUGGACAAGGAAAUGGAACCAUUUUCCCAAAUAACUUGUAUUCCAUAUCAAACACAAUAGCCAACAGUCUUAGUUUCGGAACAAACAUGUGUAGCCAUGACCAGACCGCUGCCAUAAUUUGUGAAGCUGCUGGGACUGCCGACAAUUAUUUGUUUGUAACUACAUCAACAAAUGGAAAAGUGCGUCUGGUGGACCGUGAGUUGCAAUGCCAAGGCCGCGUGGAAGUGUUUAACAACGGCUCCUGGGGCACGUUGUAUGGAUACUACGGGGAUGUGUGUGGAGAGUUGCAAUGUGGAAGUCGUAUUAGAACCAUCAGCCAACGUGGUCUAUGGCAGCGUCAGACAUGGAAUGCCUAUUGCAGUAGCAUGGCGCAGAGUCUUGCAGACUGUACUCUGACUCCAGCAAACAAGUAUUUUCGCACGCUGUAUGGAAAUGAUGGCGUUGUUUGUUCAGCUGCUGGCAUUCGACUACUGGGAGGCGACAGUCGCUGUCAGGGUCGGUUGGAAGUCUAUAGGAACGGAGACUGGCGUGGAAUUUGUAGCUCAGUGUUGGAUUACCAGGAUGCAGAUGUAAUGUGCAAGUCUCUUCAGUGCGGAAGUGCAUCGUUUGUUGGAAACACAACCAAGUUUGGUCCUGAAUCUAGCUCAGUUUUUUCACAACGUGUAUCUUGCCCCAAAACUGCAACAACCUUACUCAAUUGCUAUUGGAAUGACAUACUUUGUGAUGAUACAACUGCAGCUUCUUUGAUCUGUGCAGUUCCUGUGGAGAAGACAAUUACUCUUUCAGGACAUGAUGGAGUCAUAUUAUCUAAUAAUUUUACCCUAGAUAACACGUCUUUGACUUAUACAUUUGUAAUACAAUCCAUGUCUCCAAAUGUAAUAAAAAUUAAAUUUGAGAACAUAAGCUUGCAAGAGAGCAACUCGUGCGUACUUGAACGCCUCGAGGUUUGGGAUGGACUGGUGAGUGAAGGCAAUUCCCUGGCUGUGCUCUGCGGGGGAGCUGCUGUCGGCCAACACAUCAAGUCCACCAAACAGGUCAUCUCCUUGGUGUUAAAGGCAAGAGGACCAUUAGAUGGUCGAGGCUUCAUCGUAAGCUAUAGCUCCAUUAAAGUAACAAGACGUUCAGAAGUCCCUGCACCUUGUGGGAUAACAGCAGAUAACACGGUUCAACUGCAGAACAUGUAUGGUUAUUCCUCUUGCGCUGCUGUGUUCAUUGGAAGUCGAUGGAUACUGGUUGCAGCAAACUGCGUGUACAACCGACCAACUUAUGAGUGGAGAGUGAAUUGGUGGCAAUUAAUUGCCAUCUAUUGGUGGGGAUCGAAUUGGAACUGGGUUGGGAAUAUUCCAGUGGCCAAUGUAUUUUUACACCCAAAGUACAAUGUCUCCCUCCCUGACUACGACGUAGCUGUGGUGGAGUUAAGUCAAACCAUACAGCCAUCGGAGCAUCUAAAGCCAGCAUGUUUGCCAUAUUUUUCUGAACCGGUACCUUAUCCGGGAAAAUACUGCUACCUUUACAAAACCUCAGGCAGACAGAUUGCACCCUUCAGCAUCAUCGACACGAAUGAGUGCAAAUCUUUCCAGUACAACAACAGCGGCAUCACCAGUCGGAUGAUCUGCACGGAGUCUGCAACAUGUGUGGAAAAAGAUACCCAAAUCUUGAUGUGUCAAGGGGUGGAUGGCCUGUGGUACGUGACGGGCAUUGGUAAUCGUCUGGCGCGGUGUGAGACCAAUGACGUAGAUCUGCGCGUCUUUGCAAGGGUUUGGAAAUUCUUAGGCUUCAUUAAACUAAUCUCGGGCCUAGAAUCCCACAGAACAAAUUAGCAGUGUACAGUAUGGAAGAAAACAAAAGACAAAAUUAACAUCAAACUAGCAUAACAUUUAUCUAUGGGACCCUUUUUUUGCCUGCAUCAAAAUUGUGCAAAAAAUAUGCUUUACCCUUUCUGGCAAUAAUUCAGGAGGUGUUAAGUUAUUGUGGUUAAAUAUGCAAACAUGUUGAUACCGGCAAAAAGGGUUCUAUAGAUAUAACUGCUCAACCCGAGCUAUUCAUAUUUCUACAGACUGGUUAUAUUUUUUAUUAGUACGUUAUCAUGCGUACGUAAAAAAAUAAUAUAGUUUGAUUCUUUCAUUUUUUUAAUGUUAUCCUUUAAUGCAAAUUACAUUUUAAUCGAAUAAAUAUAAUUGCUCAACUAAAUAUAAUACAUUAUAUGGUAUGGAAUUUAUCAAAUAUGCCAGAUUUGUUUAAAGGGAACUGGGUAUUUUUGAGAUAUUGUGAUAUAAAUGUGAUCAUAUUGUUACAUUGUCAGUGAGCGGAAGUUCAUGAAAAAUGUGAGAGUGGACAGGUGCAGUCGGAUAAAUCGAUUUAUGCUACAUUACCAUCUUUAACAACUUUCAUGAAAAUUGGGAUGUUGCCCUUGGUUUAUAAUUUUCCUCCCAGGUAAACAUUGCAACUUCGUGAGCGGCAUAGCCAGGGCCGGAUUAUGACAUUGCUGGGACUCUAAGCUAUGUCGGCGUAGGGUUUGUAAAUCGAGGAAUGCCUGCUUAAUUUUGUUAUAUCGGAAUGAAAAUAACGUUUUAGAGUAAUUUUCCCUAUAUCGUUUAUUGUUCAACAUAUUACGUAUAACUUCUAAGUUUUCUAAUUAUUUUUUUAUAGAGGCCUCUCAUAAUGCCAGACCCUAUGCUGUAGCUUUAUUAGCUUUUACCUAAAUCCGACACUGGGCAGAGCAUCUCCUCUCCGGAGAGAGCACACGUGUGCUUUUGGCAUCUCACCCAGGUGUCUGCUGGGCUCAGGGAACUGCGGAGAGAACGUGCCAUCCUCAUUCCAUACAGCCGAGGCUUGGGAUUGGCCGAUACAGUCAGCCAAUCGGUGGUAGUUGUUGAGCAGAUAUUAGACACAAAAAACACCUAUUUUAUUUACAAGGCAAAGCCCACUGCUCUUUUUCAGAAGCGACCUGGCCACAAAUGAUAGCUCAAGAAAGGAGCUUAUCAUGUGGAAAUGUUUAGUAGCAGCCAAAUACUGUAAACGCAUGUUACUGAUUGUGAAGUAAAAAACCAGAGGUCCCAGAAAAAAUCCAUGCGAUCACAGGAAGAACAUGUAAACUCCAAAUAUAUAGGCGUUAUGGUUGGGACUAAACCCAAGACCUCCCGCAUACCAGGAGAGGGAGAUAACAUAUCCCCACCACUGAUGUAAGGAAGGGCUAACAUAUCCUUGGGUUAAAGCUUUGAAGAAUUCAGGGACAUCCUCGCCCAUUGACUCAACACUGCCCCUGUACGUGAGCAGUCCCCCUCAUUAACCUCCUUUCCGUUCCUCUAUUGAAGCCCCACCUCUUCUUCGCAUGAAUGGUCAUACAUAUAUGUUAGACUAAAUUGCAAGUCCUGCAUUACAGUUUGAACUUAGAUCCCUAUUUUACAUCACAAUUAAGGAACCCUUAUGUUUGACGAAACGGUUGAAUAAAUUCAUGUAUUCUGAAGCUGACAAUAUAAACUUUUAUAUUAAUAUAUUACGUGAUUGUAAUAUUAGAUUGUAUUAUGGGCAUAUGCAGAUGUUGAGAAUUACAACGCUGUAAUUUAAGUAUUUUGGGAAUAAAGGAUGUUUAAAAAAAGUAUCAAUCUGUUCCUUUCCUGUUUUC